UACCGGGCGCCGGAUGAACUAAUAGAAGUGAAAGUGUAAAAUUGAAAAGUUUUGACAUUUAUCAACCAAUUUGGAGACUAUAACUGAACACAUGGCGUUGAAAAAAUUACCCAUUGAUGCUUUGGACCUGAAAGAUAAACGGGUGUUAAUAAGGGUUGAUUUUAACAUUCCACUGAAGGGUAAAGAUAUCACUAACAACCAGAGGAUUGUAGCAGCUAUACCUACUAUCAAAUAUGCCCUGGAUCAAGGAGCCAAGUCUGUUGUGUUGAUGAGCCAUUUAGGAAGACCUGAUGGCCGCAGACAGGACAAAUUCUCACUUGCUCCUGUGGCAGCUGAACUGAAAAAACUACUCGGAAAGGAUGUCCUGUUUUUAAAUGACUGUGUGGGAGCAGAGGUAGAGAAGGCUUGCAAAAACCCAGCAGCGGGAUCGAUCAUUCUGCUUGAGAACCUUAGGUUCCAUACUGAGGAAGAAGGCAAAGGAGUUGACGAGGCUGGCAAUAAGGUUAAAGCAAAAGAUGAGGAUGUAGAAAAGUUCCGUGAAUCUCUUACAAAACUUGGGGAUGUCUAUGUCAAUGAUGCCUUCGGUACAGCACAUAGAGCACAUAGCUCAAUGGUGGGGGUGAAGCUAUCCCAGCGUGCAUCAGGCUUCCUGUUGAAGAAAGAAUUGACCUACUUUGCAAAAGCUUUAGAUAAUCCAGUGACACCUUUCCUAGCCAUCCUUGGAGGAGCAAAGGUAAAGGACAAGAUCCAGCUAAUUGAAAACCUUCUUGACAAAGUGAAUGAGAUGAUCAUAGGGGGAGGUAUGGCUUACACCUUCCUCAAGGUCCUACACAACAUGGAAAUAGGGAAUUCCUUGUAUGAUGAAGAUGGUGCAAAGAUUGUUAAAGACCUGAUAGCAAAAGCUGAGAAAAACAAUGUCAAGAUCCACCUUCCUGAUGACUUUGUAACUGGAGAUAAAUUUGCCGAGGAUGCAACUGUUGGAAAAGCAGAUCUCAAGUCUGGUAUCCCUGCUGGAUGGAUGGGCCUAGAUGUGGGGUCUGAAUCUAAUGUUAAGUUUGUGGAAGCAGUCGGUAGAGCAAAAACUAUAGUUUGGAAUGGGCCAUCCGGAGUCUUUGAAUUUCCCAACUUUGCCCAUGGUACCAAGGCCAUCAUGGAUGCUGUCGUCUUGGCAACACAGAAUGGAGCAACAUCAAUCAUUGGUGGUGGUGAUACCGCCACAUGCUGUGCCAAAUGGAACACUGAGGAUAAAGUGAGUCAUGUCAGCACAGGGGGUGGAGCUAGCUUAGAACUGCUAGAAGGUAAACUUUUACCUGGCGUUGCUGAACUCUCAGAUGCUGCCUAAUGACAUACAUUUUCAAAUAAAUGGACUGAUCAUUCUUGACCUGAGCAAUAGAUUGAUCAUUCUCAUUCUAGGGACUGAUUAUUCUUAAUUUGAACGAAAUGGAUUGAUUAUUCUUAUUCUGUUAUUGGUCAUUAUCAUUCUAAAGAAUAAGAUCUGAUCAUUCACAUCCUGUACUAUAUGGACUGAUCAUGUUUUUUAUUCUACACAGUUAUGUAGAUCAAUGUUAGUUCAAAUAUACAGAUUCAAUGGUACAAUAGGCGAGCAUGUGUGUGUAUUCUACAGAAACCUCUCUCUGGAUUUAUUAACAGUAAAUGAAUCAGAUAUAAAAUGCACUUUGUGAGAAAAAUUAUUUGUCCAAUGAGUAAGGCAAGUAGGAUUUACUGGAAAACAAAUUAUGAGUAAAAGCAUGUGUAUUGGCAUAGGGAUCAAUAUAAUGUGUUGUUUGUCUAUUAUAAUACAUUUAGAGACAUCUUUAUACACUUGUAUGUUUUAUGAAACGAUCAGUAUUUUAUUGUUGCAUUUUGAUACAAUUCUAGAUUGUAAACAGUGUUAUAAAUGAAACAUAUACAACUUGAAUUAUGUUUUCUGUAUACUCAUACAUAUACCCUAUACAAUAUUGAUGAUAUUGGUCCAACGGUAUUUCAGUUAUUGCCUGGAUGGACGGAGUCAUUCUCUGAUGUUAUGCAGUAUUCAAAAAUCUUAUGUCCCUUAUUAAGACUUGGUACAAACUAACUAACUCGGGUCUCAUAUUGUUAUCCCAACGAACGAAGUUCG